AUGGGAAAGUUCCAUGUCCAUGCCAAAGAUGAAGGAGUAACUGGUCUUAAUGAUAACCAAUCUACAGAUAAAGAUAUGAUGGAAAUGUUACAUGAUAUUUUUGGAGCUCCCACUCAACCUCAAAAUAUGGACUUGGAUGAAAAUGUAGAGGAUGACUUACAUUCAGGGGGUUUUGCUGAAAAUAAUAAUGCUUUUCUUCCUCAUGAUGUUCAGAAAUUUAAUGAUUUCAUUAAAGAUGUAGAUUCAGAAUUAUAUCCUGGGUGUACAAAAUUUAACUGCCUAUCAUUUUUAUUACACUUGUACCAUAUCAAAUGUCGUUAUGGAUGGUCAAAUACAUCUUUUGAUGUGUUGGUGAAGUUACUAAAAGAAGCUUUUCCUGAUGGAGCUACUUUACCAAGUUCAUUUAGAGAGUCCCAAAAGAUAGUUGAUGGAUUAGGUCUUAAUUAUGAGAAGAUAGAUGCAUGUCUAAACGAUUGUAUGUUGUUUUGGAAAGAUAAGGUUAAUGAGGAGGAGUGUUCUAUAUGUCAUGCUUCUAGAUGGAAAGACGAUGGUAAAUAUGAAAAUGUCUCUCAUGAGAAAAAACGUAAGAACGAUGGAGUGUUAAGGCAUCUAGCAGAUUCUGAGGCUUGGAAAUGCCUUGACACUAAAUUCCCUGAUUUUCAUGCUGAGCCUCGUAACAUGAGACUAGGGCUUGCAACUGAUGAAUUAGUUGAAUUAUGGGAAUUAGGAGUUCCUACACUUGAUGCUUCAACUGGAGAAGUAUUUCAAAUGCAUGCAGCACUUUUGUUGACUAUAAAUGAUUUUUUAGCGUUGGGAAACUUAUCAGGGUGGAAUGUCUAUGCAGAAUUUGGUUGUCCAUCUUGUAAUGUGGAAACUCAUUCUAUGAGAUUAAAAUACGGUCAUAAAUUUUGCUUUAUGAAUCAUGAUCGCUUCUUAAAUGAUUUAACUGCAUCUAGACAACCUUCAGGAGAGAAAGUAUUGGAGCAACUGAAGCACAUCAAUUUUACUUUUGAUGGAUAUGCAUCCAACAUAUCACGUUGUGUUAAAAAGCAUCGAACUUUAGCUAGUCUAAAAAGUCAUGACUGUCAUGUAUUAAUGCAAUGUCUUCUUCCUAUUGCUCUACGAGGGAAUCUUGAUGACAAGGUUGUUUCAGUCCUCGUUGGAUUGUGUAACAUCUUUCGAGUGUUGUGCGGGAAAACCCUUCAUAUCCAUGAACUUGAUUUACUCGAGCAGAAAGCUGCAAGGGUGCUGUGCUGUUUAGAGAAGAUUUUCCUACCUUCAUUUUUCACAGUGAUGGUUCAUUUGGUUAUUCAUUUAGUACACGAAGCUAAAGUUGCAGGUCCGAUGCAUUAUCGGUGGAUGUAUCCAAUUAAAAGGUACCUGAAAACAUUGAAAUCCUUUGUGCGAAAUAAAGCUCGGCCAGAAGGGUCUAUUGUUAAAGCUUAUCUUGCUGAAGAGUGUCUCACUUUUUGUUCAAGAUACUUGAAAGGUUUAAAAUCUAGGAAUCAUUCUAGAAAUAAUGCUAACAAUGAAUAG